AUGAAAUACUUGACGAUGUUUUUUCCAUUCUUUAUGAAGCACCCAGUGAUAGUUACAUUAAUAACUUACUUGAUUGUGGCAAUGGUUUCUUAUAUUCCUCUGCUGCGUGACGAUUCGAUUGGCAUUUGCGUUAUAGGGUUUGUAUUUACUCCCCUUAUCGCAGGGGGUCUUUACUUAUUUGGAUGUGAGUCUAUAUUUGAGAAUAUCAGAGAGCAUUUGAUUUUCACGUAUAUAUCUGAGAGACCGAAGAGUGAAGAUGAUGAGAGUUGGAACACAAUAUUAUUCGAAAUUAACCGACUUGUUGAGAAGAAUUUUAAAAUUAGAGAAUUUUACUCCAUACAUAAUCUUUGGAGUAGAGUGAAUACUGUGAUUGAUUCCUUUAAACCCGAAGAGGAGGUGAGUGGAUGGAAUAAGGUUCUACUGGGUGCUAAAAAGGUCCGUGACGAGGGCCGAAGAAUUCACGAUCAGGAGUAUGAGGAUAGGUUACCUCCAGAUGUAAUACGGAUGCUUGAUAUUGAUGAAAAUGCAAACGAUUUUCAAGAUAAAAGGAACUCAGAAGACCCCGAUUUUAGCUCAUGA